GCGGUCGUCGGUGAGCUCCUUCACCGCGUAGAUAAAAGGAAAGGAGGGAACGCGGCAACAGCGAGAAACAGCCCUCUUUCCUUCCUUUGGCAGCGGAGGAGGGGAGGAAGAGGAGAGAGAAGCGGGGAGCGAGAAGAUGGCAGCGCCGGUGGGAGGAGAGGAAGCUAGUCCUCUGCUGCCGACGAAAGGCGCGGCAGAAGAGAAGAAGGGGGCAGCGGAAAAGAGGCAGGAUGCUGCCCCUCGUGGAUGGACAGCAGAUGGCCUCCCGCUGGGGAACGGCAGCGUCGUCGGGGAGCCCGUUGCCCGAUCCCAAUGGAACUCAUCCAUCUGCCAAUGCCUUGGCCGCAAUGACGAGUUUUGCAGCAGCGAUCUCGAAGUCUGCCUUCUUGGAAGUUUUGCUCCUUGCAUGCUGUAUGGAAGUAAUGUUGAGAGGAUUGGCGGGGGUCCUGGUACAUUUGCAAACCACUGCUUGCCAUACACUGGACUGUACCUGCUGGGGAACUCUCUCUUUGGUUGGAAUUGUUUAGCUCCCUGGUUCUCGUAUCCGAGCCGUACUGCGAUCAGACGGAACUUCAACCUUGAGGGUGGCUGUGAAGCGUUCACUAGAUCCUGUGGUUGUUGCAAAGGCAUGAUUGAAGAUGAGGAACAGCGUGAAAAUUGUGAGUCGGCAUGUGACUUUGCUACCCAUUUCUUUUGUCAUGCCUGUUCUCUCUGUCAGGAGGGAAGAGAGUUGCGGCGUAGGCUACCCCAUCCUGGUUUCAGCACUCGCUCUGUGUUGGUUAUGAUUCCUCCAACAGAACAAACGAUGGGUCGUGGAAUGCAGAUCAAUUGAAGCUGAUAUGCCCAUGAAUUUAUCUAUGUUUUUAAUUUAAACUUAUCUGUGUGUAUGAUGGCGAGUAAAUCAUGUUGUCCAUAAUGUGGAGUAAAUACUCGUAAUUGUUUUAGGUCUUACGAGGCCAUACUGCUGUCAGUAUUGUUGACCUGCAACUUGUUUUCAAGUGCAUAUCAAUGUUGUAUUUUUUAGUGGCUGCCUUUUUUACCCUUCUCUGUAAACAUAAGACUGAUUUACUUGGAUAUCCUGUGGACGUAUUGAAGUGGACUGGACACCUUUCACGUGUGUUA